GUAACAGACAUUAAAGAAAAGCUAAAGCUCUCUAAAAAGUUCUGGUCAACAUUACCCUACACAAUCUGCAAGGACGAGCGAGUGACAGCGGGGCCAUCAGUCGAGGAGGACUGCUGGAACGGCCACACCAAGGCAAGAUACUUGCCUGAGAUAAUGAAUGAUGGCUUAACCAACCAGAUCAACAAUCCAGAAGUAGACGUGGACAUCACAAGGCCAGACACCUUCAUUCGACAACAAAUCAUGGCCUUACGUGUCAUGACUAACAAACUGAAGAACGCAUAUAAUGGAAAUGAUGUCAACUUCCAGGACACAAGUGAUGAAACGAGCGGCUCAGGCAGCGGGAGCGGCUGCACGGAUGACAUUUGUCCCACCGAGUUUGAUUUUGUCACCACCGAAGCGCCACCGGUCGACUCUGACAGGAGGGAGGUGGAGGCUUCAGCCACGCAGCCUGGCUGCUCACUGCAGACGUUGCUCGUCAUCUUCAUCAGUCUCGCACUGCAGAGACAGUGGAGAUAA